AUGAAGUCUUCCCUUCCAAUCGUAUCCGCAGUCCUUGCCCUCAUGGCCGUCCAGCUUUGUCCAGCGCCCGCUAUCAUUCUUGGGCCUAUCAUCGUUGCUGCUGCUGCAGGAGCCAUCGGAGGUUGGGGUGCUCAAAUGGGUACGAUCAAGAAACGUGACUAUAUCGAUGUGGACCACGAUCUACUAUUCGACCGUAGUGCCGAUCCCUUUGCAAGUCUCCCCCAACCCGCCGGCAACCUAUGCAAAGAACAACUCACGGGCGCAAAUAUUCGCUUCUCACCCAAUGGUGAAGGCGCAUUUCGAAUUGAUGGCGUGCCGUCUGCAUGUAUGACAUUGUCGAAUGUUAUAAUUGGACAGGACCCUAACCAGCCGAGACCAACGCCUCUUGGAAGCAGUUCGCUUGGUUACUCUGGGCUUAGCAAUGCUCAGUUGGAUAGACUUCAGUCUGUUCUUGAGAGUCAGCAGCGUUCUUAG